GAAGGAGGUGUUGGUCAGGGACCUUGGGCACAGAGCGCCUCUGUUGAGAAUUGUUUGCUUUGCCUGGGUUCCUGGCUCCAUCCUCCCUCCAUGCCUCCCCUCCUCCCUCUUUCCCUUCUCCACUCUCCCCCUCUCCCUCACUCCCUCUCUCUUUCCUUGGCCCUGGCUGGUCCAUAUGCUCAGUAUUUUAGGCUAAUCUCAUCCAGCGCUCGCCAGUCUGUGAGUCUCUGUGUGGGACAGUGUGGGACAGUGUGGGACAUUCAGAGGGUUUGGGACACUGGCAUCCAGAGGUGCAGGGGGAGAGAGAAUGAAAGGUGCACAGCGUAACCCCGUCUCCUCUUCUUGUUAUUGCAGUGGCGUGGCCAGGUCGGACAGCAAAAUCAGCGCCAAGGCCCUCUACGAGCAGAGGAAGAAAUACUCCAACUCCAAUUUUAUUAUGCAUGAGACGUCGCAGUAUCAUGUUGAGCAUCUCACCACAUUCAUCAUGGACAAGAGAGAGUCCAUUGUCACAGUGGACGACGCCGUUAAGAAACUGGUCCUUCUGGACUCCAAGCGCAAAAUAUGGACGCAGGAGAUGCUCCUGCAGGUCACUGACAAGGCGGUGUGCCUGCUCGACUGUGACACACAGGAUGAGUUGGAGAACUUUCCUCUCCACACCAUCCAAAUGUGUCAGGCGGUGCUGAAUCAGACACGCUACCCCUCCGUGCUGCUGCUCGUGUGUCAGGACAAGGAGCAGCACAAACCCGACAUCCACUUCUUCCACUGUGACGAGGUGGAGGCUGAGAUGGUUCAUGCAGACAUAGACAGUGCCAUCGGGGACAACAAGCACGGGAAGAAAAUGAGGCUUCAGACCCUGAAGGUCAAUCAGGAGAAAAUGAAGCAUCACAGAGAAACCAUUCUUCCCACCUCACCAACAAAAGGCCCCUCUACUCCGCCUAUGGGACGAGUGGCUGCCCCAAACACACAGGACAGAGGAGCCACAGGACAAGUUAGCACAGAGUCACAUGAAAAACUGGCCAAGCGCACUUUAAAGGAAGUGGAAAUCCUCAACUGUGCCCUGGAUGACAUAGAAAACUUUGUGGCACGGUUGCAAAAGGCAGCAGAGGCCUUUUCGCAGCUCAACCACCGCAACAAGAGUAAGAAGAAUAAGAAGAAAGGACCAGCAGAGGGGAUGCUGACCCUGCGAGCCAAGCCCCCCACUGAAGCCGAGUUCAUCGAUAGCCUGCAGAAACUGAAGCUGGCCUUGAACCUCGUGGCCAAAGUGAAGAAACACAUACAGAAUCCAAGUGCGUCCGAGCUGGUUCACUUCCUCUUUGGCCCUCUGGAGCUGGUGCUGCAGAGCUUCGGGAGUCCUGACCUGGUACGUUCAAUCAUCUCUCCUCACCUUUCUAAAGAUACUGUCGACUUCCUGCGAGGACACCUCAUCCCCAAAGAGAUGACCAUCUUUGAGCUGCUGGGGGAAGGAUGGACCAAACCCAGAUCAGAGUGGCCCAGGGAUCAGUGUGCCCCUGUUUAUUACCCAAAGUUUCGUAAUGGGUGGGAGCCGCCGGCAGAUAUCUUCAGGACCGCCCCGUGGGAAACAGAGGGACCCUCAGGCCCAAUGGGGCCGCCCACCAGCCCUGACUACAGGAAACACUCAACAGAGGACUAUUAUGGUACUCAUUCCUCUGGCUCAUCAGACGGGUCCUACAACGGGAAGACCCACACCCGCAAAUAUGCCAAAAUCCGCUACCACUUUGUAGCACGGAAUGCCAACGAGCUGUCAGUGCUGCAGGACGAAAUCCUCGAGGUGAUAGAGGAUGACAGACAGUGGUGGAAACUACGGAAUCGCAGUGGCCAGGCCGGCUACGUCCCGUUUAACAUCCUGGAUGUUGUGAAGAUAGAGGAGCCAGAAGGCGGCUACAGCCAGGAUUACGGAAAGUCACCUACUGGUACUUUGGCCCAUGGAGACGUUUUCACCAACGGUAUACCUAAAGACAAAAUGGAUAAAGUCAACAACGAGUUGUUGAAGAAGAUCACUGAAAACAAAACCCAGCCCGUCAGGAAGAUCCGCGUGGAGCGACCAUCCGGCAGCUGCGUGCCGCUCAAAUUUGACUCAAGCCCAGAGCAGGUGACCGCAUGGCUCAUCGCAAAGGGGUUCUCAUCAUCGACGGUUGAAUGCUUGGGGAUCCUGACUGGAGCCCAACUGUUCUCCCUCAACAAAAAUGAACUGAUCUCGGUGUGUGGAGACGAAGGCAGUCGUGUCUAUAAUCAAGUGACUGUGGAGAAAUCACAGCAGGAGAAGAGCAGCGGAGACACAGAGCUGCAGGAGAUCAUGAAGCGGCGGCAGGAGAGGAUCGACUCCGGCAGCAAGGACUGAACCUGUCGACCAGCUGCGCCCACCCAGACGCUGCUGCUCCCUCACAGCUUCCUGACUGCAGCAGCUUCUUUAAUCAAUCUGCUGGCAAUCGGGACAGACAGCAGUGUUGUAAAAAGAAAAAUAUUUAUUUUGUAUCGUGCAAACAUGUAUGUACUCCAGUGUUUUCUUUUCUAAUUAUGUCGCUUUUUGUUUUAAUCAUCUCGUCCGAUUUUCUCGUCAAAGAGAUGCUUGUGUAUGAAAGAAAUCGUGUACAGUUCGGCGUGUGUGGGUGCGUGUGUAUGUGUGUGCAUGUAACAUACAUAUUUCUAUGAGCAGUGUAUGUGGAUGUUUAUGCUCAGUGUCAAUAUUGCAGCUGUUUACUAAAUGAUGUGGUAAAUAAGUAGAUCUUAGUGAUUGUGUUUCUAAAUCUGUGCCAGACUAUGUGACACAUCUUCUGAUAUAUAGCCAAUUAUUUUCAUAUCACUGUUUACAGCUAUAGAAAAUAAUAAGUUCUCCGUGCAGAUAGCAGGAAAACAGUCGUCGUUGUUGUUGGGAACUGACAACCAGCAGUCGGUAUUAAUGUAAAUAGUCUUGCUGUUUAUAAUCAAAAUUCAGACGUCCUUGCACCAGAGAUACUCACAAUAAUCCUGCAUGAAGUCAUUGCCAGUAAUAAUGGACUGCUGUCACACCAAUGUGUCUUUUUGCAGCGUAAACUACACUGACACAGAAAAACUAAAGAGCAUAUGCAAGAGAGCAUGUUGCUCGGCUAUUAAUUAAAUGAAGAUUCAAUGGGGUUGUAAAUAUUUCGGGACACAGUGUCUAAAAAGAACAUAAUUAAAAUAAAAACCUGGUAAAUAUUUCAUAUCACAUCUUUUUUCUGCGUAAUUUGUGAGGUUUUGGACAUAAUGGUAGCGGAGGUGGACAGAAGAUAAACACAGUUUCUUUAUUGUUGUAUCAGAAGAUAAGAAAAGAGUUACAGCUGAAGAACUGUCAACAGUAUCACAUUAUAGAUCAAUGAAAAAAACCCAUCUGUUUACAUAACUCACAAUCAGCUUCCAUUAUUGUAUUUACAACAGCAUGAUACUGUAACUGUGAGAUGAUCUGUAAAGAAUGAACACUAAAAUAAAUCCUGCACAGAAUCUGAAAA